CCACAGCCUGUUCCUCCAACGUCAUUCACCGUCUUCACUCACUGCAGCAACUCCAUGUCGGUACCGGCUGAUCCCAGUGGAUUCACUAUAUGUGCUGAGGAAUCAUCCAGAUUACUUAUUCAUUGUGUGUGAUCGCUUAUUGUAAGAUGGCCUGGGUGAUCCUACUGCUGCUCCUUGUGUCCGUCUGUCCGUCCUCUUCUUUAGACGUGCAGGACCUUCAGCCACCUCGUUAUAACCUCAGCUUGGACCGGCCACCCCAGGAGCGCUGGGCACCGGUACUGAGGCACUAUAACUACUCUUACCUGAGAGAGGCUCUGCGAUAUGUGUAUGACUCAAGUGUGCCAAAGUGGGCCCAUGCCCUCAUCCUACCAUUGACAGACAUUGACUUGGCUUUGCUUGUUAAAGAGCCUUAUGCCGGGGAAAUCCGGGGUAUCGCCAAGACACUGGGUGUCAGUCCAGGGGAUGUUCUAGCUCUAAACCUUGCCUAUGAAGCCACAGCGUUUUGUACAAGCAUAAUAGCUCAAGAUGAAAAAGGAAAUGUUUAUCAUGGAAGAAAUCUGGACUACAACUUUGCAGAUAUAUUAAGAAAUCUAACAGUGGAGCUAAAUUUUAUCAGCAAUGGUCAGAUUAAAUACACAGGAACAACUUUCUUGGGCUACAUUGGUCUUUGGACCGGACAAAGCCCCUACAGUUUCACUGUAUCUGGUGAUGCAAGAGAGCGUGAUGGCAAAUGGUGGGAGAAUGCAAUUUACGCAUUCUUGAAGAGAAGCUCUCCUGUUAGCUGGCUGGUUCGAGAUACACUGGAAAAUGCCAAGGAUUUUCAAACAGCUGUCCUACAUCUAUCCAAGACUCCAAUCAUUGCUGAAACAUACUAUAUUAUGGCGGGUGCACAUGCUAGAGAAGGGGUGGUUAUUACCAGGAACAGGGGUGGACCUGCCGAUAUCUGGCCUUUGGAUCCUUUAAGUGGAGAGUGGUUCCGUGUGGAAACAAAUUAUGACCACUGGAUCAAUCCACCUCCAACAGAUGACCGCAGGACGCCAGCUAUUAAAGCAUUGAAUGCCACUGGGCAGGCAAAUAUCAACUUUGACAGUUUAUAUAAGGUAUUGUCAGUAAUUCCAGUGUUAAAUAAUGAAACUGUCUAUACAACAGUAAUGAGUGCCGCAUACCCAGAAAAAUACACAACCCGUAAAAGGAAUUUAAAAGAAGGUCAUAAGGAAUAAGUUAAGAAUAUAUUUUAAGAAGAA